AUGAUUAAACCAAAAAUGAAAGAAAAAGAAUAAGAUUUCAUUUCUUCAUGUUAACAUCGAUAACCUAUAUGCAUAGUUGUAUUUGAUCCAAAUUUGAACAACAAUUAAAGACUAUUAUGUCCAUUAUGCUUAGCUAACUUUGAAUCAAAUAAAAAAAUGAUAGGAAUAGGUAAAGUGAUCCAGAUGAUUGAAGAAAAUCAUAAUGACAAAAUAUUUAGAGUUCAAAAUAAUUUUGAAUUGGUGAAAUAAUUGUAAGAAAGUUUAAGAAGACUUCAAACCUUUACUCAUGAAAAACUUUAAAUGUUAAUUGUAAGUAUUGAAAAUUGGUUAAAAUAAAUAUGUGAAAGAUAUUAAUCUUAUAGUUUUUUUGUGGAACUAGAAAAUCUAAUAAAAAAUGAAUGUUCUGACCCCAAUAUAUACUCAGAUAUGAAAGUCACCUAUGAAUCACAUUUUUGCAAAAUUGCUUAAAAUUUAUAAUAGUUUGGAUAACAAUAUUCAGAAAUUCUAUAAACAAUUUCAGAUUCAUUUCAACAAUAAGGAAUAAAAAAUGUAAAAUAAAUAAUUAUAAUUCUAGGCAAUUUAACCACUUCCAAAAGCAAAACGUGUAAAAAUAAAUCAAAUUAAAGAGGAUCACAAUAAUAAAGAGAUAAAUGAAUCAAUAGAACAAUUAUAAGAGAAAUAUUAUUACNAAAUGAUAAAAGAUUAUAAAAUUAAACUAAAUGUGAUAAAGCUAUAUAUAUAUAUUUUUCAAUCUAACUAUUUUAUUUAUGAGGACAUUUAUAAUUUGUAUUGUUCCAUCUGUUCUUAUCCUAAAAAACUUUGA